AUGUCUUCGUCUCCAUGUGCAGCAUGCAAGUUCCUCCGUCGUAAAUGUACGCACGAAUGCGUAUUUGCUCCCUAUUUCCCACCGGACAAUCCUCAAAAGUUCGCCAAUGUCCACAGAGUGUUCGGAGCGAGCAAUGUUUCGAAGCUCUUAAGCGAAUUACACGCCUCACAACGUGAAGAAGCUGUGAAUUCCCUCUCAUAUGAAGCCGAAUUCCGCCUUCGCGAUCCGGUAUACGGUUGCGUAGGCAUAAUAUCUGUUCUUCAACACCGGUUAAGUAAAAUCCAAUAUGAUCUAGCUAUGGCAAGAGGAGAAUUAGCUGGAUAUAUUGGUUCUUCUGCUCUUAUACCAAAUCUAUCAUCUCAUCCUCCAAACGAUCUACAACAACAACACUCGAACAACCUCUCACACGCUUCUUCGGUCUUUCCCGGCGGACCUGGACCUGGACCUCACAUGUCGCAGCAUCAUCAUCAUCAUCAGUUGAUAGGAGGGAUGCAGCAGCAGCCUGAUGGACAACAAUUGAUGGUUCAAAUGCAUGAUCAACCUCUUCUGGAUUUGGGUAAUUCUCAUCAACAACAUCAUCAUCAUGAUGGUGUUUAUCAAUUUCAACAACAACAACAACCGGAAUUGUUGCUUCAGCAUCAAUCAGCACCGGAGGACCAUCAUCAUCAUCAACAACAGCGUCAGCCUCCAAAACUUGAACUUAAACCUAGUACCGAAGAAGGUCUAAGCGCUGAUCAUCCUUUUUGUUGA